AUGUCUCAACAAUGGACACAUCUAGUCCGCUUCCUAGCACAAGAGGACGGCCAGAUCCAUCUCGGCCAGGUUGAUGCUACAAAAUGGCCUGACGUCGGCCUGGCUACGUUCAAGGGCGAAAAGGUCGACGCAAGACUGGUUACCGGAUCGAUUUACGACGGCGUGGUCAACCAGCGCAUCAUGCAUAUAUCACAGCUCCUUCCACCUCUCUCAAUGGAAGAAGUCCCCAUCAUCCGAUGCCUUGGCCUGAAUUACUUUGAAGCCGCAAAAGAAGCAAAGGCGCCCAUCCCCCAGACACCAGUCUUGUUCGUCAGGCCUCGCACGGCUUUGAACGGGCCAUUUCCCGCGAAGAUCAAUGUCCCCAAAAUCGCACAGGAUGGCACAAGUGACUAUGAAGCUGAAUUGAGUAUCGUCCUGGGCAAAUCUGGUCGCGAUAUCCCUGAGGAUGAGGCCAUGGAUUAUGUCCUGGGGUAUACAUGCAGCAACGAUGUCAGCGCUCGCACUCAGCAAUUUAAAAAUAGCCAGUGGUCAUUUUCUAAGGGUCUCGACGGGUCUUGCCCCAUUGGACCUGUCCUGGUAUCCUCGUCAUCAAUACACGACCCGCAUAACUUGCGUGUUCGCGCGAUAUACAACGACGACGUUGUUCAGGAUGCCAAUACUAGUGACAUGAUCUUCAAUAUACCCAAGACGAUAUCGUUCUUGUCACAAGGGACCACACUGGAAAGAGGCACCAUCAUCAUGACCGGUACGGGACCAGGCGUGGGACUCUUCAGGGAUCCAAAGGUUGUAUUGAAUCAUGGAGAUGAUAUUAGGGUUGAGAUCGAAGGGAUAGGAACGUUAAUAAACAAAGUCCAUUAUGAAUGAAAAGGAAACUUGUAUCAGGGCUUCUGCCGGAGAUUCUAUCACCUUGCUGUUGACUCCUUACAGCAACCUGUUGGAACAAUUUUCAACGAUGACUACGGAGUGUCGAGACGAAAGAGGUGCGAGCAAGGACUCCCGGCACCUCAAGGCCGAC